AUGAACUAUCAGCCUGCCUUCGACUUUGCUAUGGACAGUUGCUACAACGCGCCCACAGUAGACCAUGCUGGGGCUGUCAAAUCUGGUCGAAGUACCUGCGAUAUCAAAGAUCUUAACGAUGCCGUCGAGUGUCGCGUGCCGUCGUACCUUGACAAUAACAAUGUCUAUGUCCGUUCUCGCACCAACAACGGAUGGACUGCCCAGAUGUACGGCUACUACUUUGAGGUGGAUCACAAAGAGAGACCUGCUCCGGUCAUCUUCAUGAUUGGGAACAUGUAG